AUGAAGUCGAACAAUGAAAACAAUUAUGUACGAGUAUCAUACAAUAACUUUGUAACAACACGUAAUCGAUAAUUUGGAAAUGAAAUAACAAACAUCUAACGUCAACCAACUCGAUCUACAUCAUAAUUCAUCUGUUCUAAACCAAUGUUAAAAAUUGAAGAAGAAACACCUCUCCCUGUUCCUGAAUUAGUAAAUCCAUAUGUUGGUGAUAUUUUUGAAUAUCUACGUGUUAAUCAAUAGAAAUUCAUGUGUUAGACACCAUUUUACAUGAACUUACAAUUAGACAUUACUAAUUAGAUGCGUUCAAUUCUAAUUGAUUGGCUUGUCGAUGUACAUCUUAAAUUUAAAUUACAAUCUGAAACACUCUAUAUAACCAUCAAUCUAAUUGAUCGUUAUCUUGCCAAAAAUACAAUCAUGCGAAAUAAACUCUAAUUAGUAGGAAUUGCUUCACUCUUCAUUGCAUCUAAAUAUGAAGAAAUCUAUGCUCCAGAACUUAAAGACUUUGUCUGCGUUUGUGAUAAUGCUUACACAAAAGAAGAAAUAUUAGGUAUUUAUCAACCUUAUUAUUAUACCAGAAAUGGAAAGUAAAAUUUUAUUGACCAUCCAGUUCCACUUGACCUUCAUAUCCCCACUCAAAUUUCUAGAAAGAUAAAUUACAGGAGCCAAUCUCUGCGAUAAAAUCAACUUUGCAUCUAGAAUGAUCCUAGAAUUAUCACUACUAGAUAUCAGAUGUCUCAAGUAUUCUUAUACCUUUCUAUAUUAAGAUUUUCAUCUUCCCUAUUAGCCACCACUGCCAUUCUAUUAGCUAUUAAUUUACUUCGAUCUCCAUAAGUACUACCUUCAUCGCUUCAUUAUGUUGAUAAUCAAGAAGAUCUUAGACAAUGUUUAUAAGAGUUCCUUCCAGUCAUCAAAUUAUUAUAAAGUACUAACAUGACCGCUAUUAAAAGAAAAUAUACUCUUGACAAAUUCAAUAAGAUUGCUGAAUAAAUCAUGACAAUCUUACAUAAUUAAAAAUGAAC